CCAUUAAUUGGCCGUGCGCGGGAGCGCGCGUGAGUACGCGCACGUAACGCCAGUGUGUGCGCACGUGCGCGUGGAUUUCCCACAAUUCUCCAGUCGCUGGUGGCACGGCUUGCGUUGGAGGGCGGAGAGUCGAACGAGCGGCGCUGUCAGGGAACGCAAGUCCUCGCACGCCGCGUGCGACCCGCGUAACCAGCCCAGCGAGGAACGUCUUCGUCCUGCUUAAUUUACCAUGACAACCGAAUCAGGCACAGACUCUGAGGCCAAGCAGCAGCAGCAAGAGGAGAGUACGGAGGCUCUCAAAGAGAACCUGAAAGCCGCUGAACCUGCCUCGCCUCUGAACCAGCCCGAGCAGCUUCCUGCCGCCGUGGGACACAGCACGCCGGCCAGGAAAGAACAGGAGACUCAAGAAGACGACCAAGAGUCCCGCCAGUCAUCCACCAGUCGUCUGUCGAGGUCUCCUUUAAAAGGAGUGAAGAAGGUGAAGAUCAUGCAGUGCAAGGUGAUGCUGCCAGAUGGCUCUGACUACACCCUCAAUGUGGAGAAGCGGGUCAAGGGCCAAGUUCUCUUCGACAAAGUGUGCGAUCACCUCAAUCUAUUGGAGAAGGACUACUUUGGCAUGACAUACAGAGAUGUGGAGAAACAAAAGAAUUGGCUGGAUCCUACCAAAGACCUGAAAAAGCAGAUCAGGACUGGUCCCUGGAACUUUGCCUUUAAUGUAAAGUUUUACCCUCCAGACCCCUCCCAGCUGACCGAGGAUAUCACAAGAUAUUACCUGUGCCUGCAGCUCCGAGACGAUGUGGUUUCGGGCCGCCUCCCCUGUUCCUUCGCCACCCACACCGUCCUGGGGUCGUACACAGUACAGUCGGAGCUGGGCGACUAUGACCCGGAGGAGCUGGGCAGUGACUACAUCAGCGAGCUGCGCUUUGCACCCAACCAGACCAAAGAGCUGGAGGAGAAGGUGAUGGAGCUCCACAAGACCUACAAGGGGAUGACGCCGGCCGAAGCCGAAAUGCAUUUCCUGGAAAAUGCAAAGAAGCUGUCCAUGUACGGUGUGGAUCUGCACCACGCCAAGUUGGUAGGGCGUCUCUAUCAAGGCAUGGCUCGUGCUGAGGGAGAGGACUCUGAGGGCGUGGAGAUCAUGUUGGGAGUGUGCGCCAGUGGUCUCCUUAUCUACAGGGACAGGUUGCGCAUCAACCGGUUCGCCUGGCCCAAAAUCCUCAAAAUCUCCUACAAGAGGAACAACUUCUACAUCAAAAUCCGGCCCGGCGAGUUUGAGCAGUUUGAAAGCACCAUCGGCUUCAAGCUUCCCAACCAUCGUGCUGCCAAACGGCUGUGGAAGGUCUGUGUCGAACACCACACCUUCUUCAGGCUUGUGUCCCCAGAGGCACCCCCAAAGAAGUUUCUCACCCUCGGUUCCAAGUUCCGCUACAGCGGCAGGACACAGGCCCAGACUCGCAGGGCCAGCUCGCAGAUCAUUCGACCCGCCCCCUUCUUCGAGCGCUCCGCCAGCAAACGGUACAACAUGUCGUGCAGCUUGGACGGAGCACCCAUCACGGAGAACCACGAGAAUCUGAUGAAGGACAGCGACGGCGCCACCAACGCCAGGGGAGGCAUCAUCACGACGGUAACCACCGAGAAGAAGGCUGAGGAAGAGAAGGCGGAGCGGGAGGAUGCCCGUGCAGAGACGACUGAAGCCGCCGCUGGCACCACGACGCCACUCAGACAAGAAGCGAAGCGCUCCCCCCGCGCGUUCACCACCAGCCCCCUCGGCUCUGAGCUCUCACUCCCCUCAUCCCCCGUGUCAUCGACAAAAGUGCGGCGGCGGCGCGGGGAGAACAGGCGCAAACGGGCCUCGUCGGUGAGCCCGGCAAAGGACAGCGCCGGCCACCGCCGCCAGCAGGCCCGCUCUGAGCGCCAAGCGGCCCUGUUGGCGGAGCGGGCCCUGCUGCUGUCGGCCCGCAAGCAGCGGUUGGAGCAGCGCGCCAGGGCGCGCGGCGGCACCCUCUUCUCCUUUUCCCUGCACCUGCCCGACCUGUCGGCCGUCUUGGACGAAGACGGCUACCUUAGCUUCCCCGACCUGUCGGAGAUGCGCUUCCUGCCAGAAUGCGCGCAGAACUUCGUGCCCAUCAAGUCGCCGUCGCUCAUCCCCUGCUUCCUCUUCAUCUUCUUCUUCCUGCUCUCCACCUCCUUUUCCGUGCCCUAUGCCCUCACCCUCUCCUUCCCCCUGGCGCUGUGCCUCUGCUACCUGGAGCCCAAGGCAGCCUCGCUGACCGCCUGCAUAGCCCAGGGCUACCAUGACCAUGACAGUUCAGAGGAAGAGGAGACCGACAGCGAACAAACUGACUUUGCCUUCGACGGCGAUAUGACCGCCACAGAGUGUAGCGUCAUAAGACGGGUAAAAGGGGAAAAUGUUUUUGUCAAGCACAGUAAUCUGAUGCUGGAGGACACAGAACCCCCGACCGAGAUGGUCAAGCACCAGACAAACAUCGGCGAGCUGAAGCGCUCCUUCCUGGAAACGGACGGCGGCGUCCCAGGUCUCACCGAGUGGGAGCGAAGGCUCUCCUCGUCCCCGGCGCGCUCGCCCAGAGCAGAUGAGCCGCCCAUGAUAGAACCUCUCGACCUGCGGGAUGAUGAUGAUGAAAAGCCCACCGGAGACAAGAUGAAGGUGGAACCUAACGCCACUGAGGCAGCGGGAUAUCUGCUGAAUUGCGCUGCAGAUAGUACACUAGCGGAUGGAGCGCCCUCUUCAGGGCCGCAAGGUAUUAGCCCGUCGGCCACUACAGACGACGACGACGUUUUCGCGGCAGAGGAGAAAACGCCCGACUCUCAAGACGAGUUGUCCGAGAAGUCCGUGGCGAAGCUCAGCCCGGGCUCAGUCAGAGAGGAAGUGACCCAGGCCAUCACCGACAAAAAAGGCAUGCUCAUCAUCUUGAAGGAGGCCGAGGCAGAAACAGAAAGUCUCCUCAUGACGAAGAUGGAAGCGCUGAUGGAAGACGCGUCUCAGGUCAAAGGCUCGCCCAAGAAGGCCAUGGCCUCGUGGGUGUCGGAGGUGGCGAGGGCGGAGGAGUCAGAGGUCUUCCGCGUACUCACGGAGGAGAUGACGAAGACCUUUGAGCGGUCAAAGCCCGACGUGGCUCAGAUUACACUCCCGGAGACCGCGCCCUUAGCAGUGUCGACUCUCGGAUGGGUUUCUUCUUCUGUGACUUCCGAAAAGGUAUCAGCUGAACCGGAGCAGAAGAUGCUUGUUGCCAUGGAAACGGACGCAGCACCGGAAGACUGCUCACAGUGUACUGAAGGGGACAUGGUCUGCUCCAAAGAGACGCCCGUGGUUCAUACGGAGACCAAGACCAUCACAUACGAGGCAGCAGUGGGCGACAUGAAUGGUGACGCGGACCCCGGCGUGUUGCUGAGCGCCCAGACCAUCACCUCUGAAACCACCAGCACCACCACCACCACACACAUCACGAAGACUGUGAAAGGAGGCAUUUCAGAGACGAGAAUUGAGAAACGGAUCGUCAUCACGGGAGACUCCGACAUCGACCAUGAUGAGGCUCUGGCUCAGGCCAUAAAGGAGGCUAAAGAGCAGCAUCCUGACAUGUCAGUGACCAAAGUAGUGGUACAUAAAGAGACAGAGAUCACGCCAGAGGAGGGGGAGGACUGACCCAGGAGUAACAGCGACAUCCCAGAAUUCCACAUAUGAAAGCGGGACCUGAAACUCUUCUUCUUCCUCUUGCCCGCUAGUCGCAACCAUCCAACCUGCAGAAGUAAAAAAGGAACGCAUGCGGCGAUGGACGUGAUACGGCAUUAUUAAUAUCACCAUCACAAACCCAUAUGAGAUUAUCCCAGAAAGCUGUACGAUUUAAAAGAAGUAAUAAUAAUUAAAGCAAGUUGCUUUCACUGC